UGUAAAAUUAUUGGAAUAUUUACUGUUACAUUGUUACAACGUAAAAAAGCAUUUGUAUUUAGAAGGAAACGCGCCAGAUUCGACCACAUGGAUUUCGUGCAUGCGCACAACGUUUAUAUACGUUAUACAAUUUGACAGUUAAAACAUCGACGCUCUUAUCGCGUAGUGACAAUAAUCGCGUAUUCCAUUAUGUCAAUUAUGCCAUUAUGGCCUAAUUUGCAACCUAGAGCUACUGAUCCUUUGUGGUUCAAUGCCGAUAGGCCUUGUGACGACGAAAGCGAAGUAGCUGCACUAGAAGCAGAACACCAAGCGUGGCGAGAACACGUUCGAGUACAAGGUUACGAUCAUAUUCCGAUUGGGAAAACAGUCAGCGACUUCAGAGGAUCCGAGGAAGAGGAGGAAGAGGAGGAAGAAGAAGAAGGCGAAGGAGAAGAAGAAGAGGAAUCGGAUACCCAUGAAGAAGAGGAAGAAGAAUUAGACGAAAUUGAUAUGGAAGUGAGCUAUUCGCAUCAACAACAAACAUCCAGUCCAACAGAUACUGUAACAGAUCCAGUGUCCAUCAGAAUGGUUAGCACGCAUAGCGGUGGUUAUACUUAAUAACGCUAUCGUACCCCUUUUCUUUAUACUCGUAAAUUUAAUUAUACAAAUUUAAGUUUAUUCGUUAAUGAGUAUCAAAUUUAUUUCCUAUGUAAUAUUAAAGUCACAUAAAAACGAAUAAAGAGU